AUGUUUGCAAAAAAGGGUCAAACAAUGAGACCAAAGAAAAAAUCAGAAAAAGGAACUUUGAGAUAUAAUAUUCAACAACUUGUAGAAGCAGGAAUUAAAUCUGGAGAUUUGAUUAAUGCAGUCAAAGUCCCCAAAGGACAAAAUGAAUAUGAAUGGAUGUCUGUCAAUUGUUUUGAUUUCUUUGAAACAGUUCAAUUAAUUUAUUCUUCUGUCAGUGACUUUUGUAAUGAAACAACUUGUCCAAUUAUGAAUGCAGGUCCCUCAAUUGAGUAUUUAUGGAUUGUUGAUAAAAAAGCUACUAGCUUACCAGCUCAGAAAUAUUGUGAUGAAUUAUUUUCUUGGAUCGCCAAUACAUUUGAUAAUGAAAAAGUAUUUCCAAAAGAAUUUGGAGAAAAGCCACCAAAGAAGUUUAUUGAUAUAAUAACCAAAAUAUAUAAAAGAAUGUUUCGUGUAUAUGCUCAUAUGUUCUAUAGUCAUAUGGAGCAUUUAAAGGAAGUAAAAAUGGAUGAUAUUGCUUUACAAAGUUUCAAACACUUUUUCUUUUUCUGUAGGGAAUUUAACUUCUUAUCUAAAGAUGACAUCGCUCCAUUAGAAUCAAUGGUACAAGAUUUAUGCAGCCAAGCAGGUGUUUCUGUUUUUUCUUAACAAUUUUUAUUUUUCUUCUCA